AUGUUCAGCGCCCAAGGCAUUGGGUUUCGUGAUAGAGCUGAUCGCGUCGUGCUAGACGAGUCCUGCGCAGCGGUCACAAUGAUUCAACUAAAGUCAAUAUUGAAUUGCAUCGACAACUCGGGCGCCGCGCUCGUCGAGUGCGCCCUCGUCAUAGGCCAGAAGCGAGCCGCACGAGUCGGUGACCGAAUCGUCGUUGUCGUCAAGGAGCAUCGAUCCGCCGGAGCCUCGGGCAUGACGGGCAUGUCUUCCGCCAACAAAGUCCGCCGCGGCGACAUCCGUCACGCCGUCGUCGUCCGCACAAAGUACCCCAUGCAGCGCCGCGAUGGCUCGCAGGUCAAGUUCGACGACAAUGCCUGCGUGCUCCUGAACAAGGCAGGCGACCCGGUCGGCUCGCGCAUCAACGGUGUUGUCGGGUCUGAGCUGAAGAGGAAGAAGUGGAGCAAGAUUCUAUCCAUGGCGCCCAUGAACGUCUAA